CAAAUCAUGUAUAUCGUCCACAUCACUUCCACAUUGCAUCCAUGAACCUGACGUUGACUCGGCAGAACGACGUACUCUGGACAGCGUCGGUCCUCGCUCUGAUGGGGCUGUUGCGCAGUAGCGAAGACCUCCGCAACGGAUUUCUGUGGGAGAAAUUCAUGCACUGGGCGGUGUUUGGGCUCAUUUUUGUCUUUUGCGGGGGCACGUUUUUGGCUAGCCUGCAAAUCUUGCAGUACGAGCCGCACCAGCCUUGGGUUCAAUGGUUGCUUCGUUACCCGCUGUGGUUGUUUGCCCGAUGGCUAUUCGUGCACACUUGUGGCAACUUGGCCCAAUCCCUCUGCUGUUGUUCCCCUUCUGCGUGCCCCAUUGAAUCGUCUCUUGCCCCCCUGCUGCAAUUGAGCGAAUGUGGUGACGGAUGCAGUUUCUGGUCGGAGCGGCUGUAUACGACGGUGUCACAGGCCGCGUCGCUGGUGGCCGUGGUGAGUCCAGCCCCCAAAGUAGUCUGAAAACAGUUAUGAUUUCGUACAGGAACUCAUGCUCUAUGCAUGGGACACCCGCCAACAAGUCGCGCCUUACACUGUCGUCGCUACGUAAUGUAUAUCGUGUUGGAACCAAGUAGUUGUAGUGUCACCCCAGUGUAUUACUACGUAGUAAUAUACUUCGUAGUAACCCCGAA